AUAACUAUUUACCUUGACUGUGCUUCAGAAUUAAAGCAGUCUCAAGUGCUCAAAGGUUAAUGAACAAAGCUUCAGAACUAAGGGCUAUUUCUUCCACAUUAGAGAUGGAAAUGAUCACUUUAUGACUUGCCCAACGUCACACACACACUUCAUGGAAGAAGAGAUGCCAGAUGUAGAAAUUGACAUUGAUGACCUUCUUGAUGCAGCCAAUGAAGAGGAGAGAGCUCUCAAAUUACAGGAAACUCUUGUAGAUUGCUACAAACCAACAGAGGAAUUUAUCAAAGAGCUGCUAACUCGGAUAAGAGGAAUGAGGAAACUCAGUCCCCCUCAAAAGAAGAGUAUAUAAAUAACUCAAAGUAGUAGCACUCUGUAAAAGACAUGGCAAGGGAAAUAGGACUUUGAAUACAAGACCUUUAUUAAAAUAGUUGUCUUUCUCCACAAGUUUGAUUUUAUUCAGUUUUGACUCAAGGAAUUUCUUUUGUGUGUUUUAAGGGUUCUUUUUUAAGUGUCAAUUUUUUAAAUCAAGAAUAUCAACAAUUUGGAUGCUGCUCAACUUUCACUUGAGGAUUACUGAAGCAAGUGAAGAAUCCAAGAGUUAGUGAUGAGGGGCAGCAAGCCUACGUGGUGAACCAGAAGACCCUGUAAAUUUACAGAGCUAGGAGACUUCUCCAUGCAACUAGUUGGAUAACGUUUUUUAAGUUGGUUGUACAUUUAACUCAUGGGUGUCAAGUUUCUUGUGCUUGUCUGUACAUAAAUUAUAAAGUGGGUUGUGAAUACUGUUUCACAUGGAUGGAAGGAAAAGUUUGUUACAGUAAAUUAUUUAAACGGUGGUUAUUGCAAAUUUGCUACCAGAAGGUACCAAUUUAAAUUACUAAAAUGAGUGCUGCCAUUUUUCUAAAUACCCUUAAAGCAGCCCAGUGAAGAAUUUCAUCAUAUCUCCUUGUUUAGACUGCAGCAUAGGAGAAUUGGGAAUUUUAAGGGCUUAAUUUGUAGACUUAGAGUUAUUUGCUUGACUUUGCUUUGCCACAUCAUUUCCUCUCCACCUCAUGGUGUCUUGGAACUGUGGUAACCUAUACUGAAUAAGGGCCUGCAGUGAUAUCUAGAGAAAUGUCUGUCGCUGUUUAAAAGCUGCUUCACAGUGGAGGAAAGGCAAUGCUACCAAAAUGAAUUACAAGCACUGUCUUGCAUUUAGUGAUGUGGUCUUAAUCGAAUGCAGAUUCCUCUCCUAUUAAGGUAGGCAAAGAAUAUUAUAGUCUCUUUGUUUAUGGCUCUGCCCUGAGAAGCGGGGAGACUUCUUCACUUGGGCUCUCUUACUUGUAAAAGCAAGAACAGAAGAGAGAUCCCUGCUCCCUCCUGGAAAAUGUCCGAACUAAAAUGUUCAAUAAGCUACCACAUGCUGGUAGGUGACACUAGUCAGGCAUUUUAUAUCAAGGAUGCUCUGAACAUAUUUUAUUUUUCAAAAGAAGUACAUGUUUGUGAAUUUUAUGUAUACUGGCAAGCUUUUUUAAUGUAUUUAAUUUUGUAAUGUUUACCAAUGAUUUUAUUUACCAGAUAUUUACUCAAAUAAAUGGAACAACUUGUGACUUGUUACAUGUA